AGAGUUAUGUAAAUGCUGCACUGCUGAAUCACAGAUACAUUCUUGUCUCUGUUCUCAGGAACUAGCUUGAGAGUUAUGUAAAUGCUGCACUGCUGCAUCACAGAUUCUUGUCUCCGUGUGUAACGUUAUGACAAACAUUGUGUUUAUGUCUUUAAAGUUCUACACUGUUUUCUCCAUAACGAGAGCCUUUUGUGUAUGAGAAGGUGCGUAUCUACCGCAUGGACGGCUCGUAUUGCUCCGUGGAGCUGAAGCACGUCAACAACACGACGGUGCAGCAGAUCAUGGAAGGCAUGAGUCUUUCACGGGACACCCAGCAGUACUUUACCAUCUGGAUCUGCUCAGAGAACCUCCGAAGGGGGAUGUCCUCAUCGACAGGGAGAUAAAUGGGGGAAAGGAAAGCCAGUCGACUUCAGUAGAUUCCAACCGUCUUAUCUCUGCCUCCUGACUUACUUAUCGCAGUGAUGGCUGAUGCAGAAAAUAUUAAGGACACUGCAGUCAUGGUGCUGCACUGCCUGGAAAAGGUGUCUUCCUUCGCCUCCUCCAUCCACCCCAUCUUUGGGAUAGUCUCCUCCCUGGUAGGUGUGGCUCGCAAAGGCCUUAUCAAGGAGGAGGGCCACGCUCUGGACAAGGAGUUCCAGCCGCUCCACUCCGAACUGGAGACCAUCUCCAAAAAGAAUAGCGAAUGUCUGAUGCAGAUCCGCCUCAACGAAGUGAACGAAACCUAUGGCAAGUACGAGGAGCUCAUUAAGCAACAGUACACUGCCUUCAAUGACAUGGUGGCAAAGGUGAAAAAAGAUCCAGACAACACACAGCGCCACAUGGCGGCCUUCGAGGAGACUUAUGAGAGAGACAAGAGCGACAUGAGCCUGGAUGUGUACUACAGCGGGGUGAUGGGUACCAAGCUGCUGUUUGGAAAACCCUUGCUGAAGGUCUACCUUGACAGCUGCGACGGCGACCGGGAGAUCAUGGAGCGCCGCUGUUCACACAUCACCCACCUGUUCCACAUGGGCCUCAUCGCCCUCAUGGCCUACACAGCUGUGACCGAGGAUAACGAAAAUCCGGUGCGGGAGAAGUGGGCCAAGCGGUUCGAGGAGAUCCAGGAGAAGAUGGAGGCGGUGCUCAGUCAGUGCAAAGACAACUCAUCCUGAACAUGGGCAUCAUAGAGCGCAAUGUCUACUCUUAGCUGUGGACCAAAAAGAUAAAAGAUGUUAUGAUAUAUACCUUUAAUAAAACAGCCAUGCUUUAAUUCUCAUUUGGGUUUUUGUAUAAACAUUGUAUAACAUUUGUUUCAAAGGGACCAUGGUACGUUUCAGUUGAUUAUGUGCUGAAGUUUUGUACAAUCGCUUGAAUUAAAACUAUUAGUCGAUAA